AUGCCUCCACAAGAGGGCAGAAGGAGACGCCACAGCCAACGGUGCUCACGCCAGCAGCAGCAGCAGCAGCAGCAGCAGCAGCAACAGCAGCAGCAGCAGCAGCUGUCAGAAGAUGAGGAGCUCCAGCUAGCCCUUGCGCUAUCCCUCUCCCUGCAGCAGCAGCAGCAAGAAGAGCAGAGGCAAAAGCAGAAGCAAAACGAGGAUAAACCGCAGCAGCAGGAGCAGCAGCAGCAGCAGCAGAAGGAGCAGCAGCAGCAAGACGACGCUCAACAGCAGCAGCAAGAACAGCAGCAACAGAAAACGAAGGCAUGCGAUGGCGAGGCAGCGCACGUGAACAGCAGCAGCAGCAGCAGCAGCAGCAAAAGCAACAGCAGCAGCAGCAGCAACAGCAGGAGGCAGCGCGCCGGCAGCAAGCAGGAACCACGCUUCAACGAUCAGCAGCAACGCGAGCAGCAGCAGCAGCAGCAGCAGCAGCAGCUUCUCGGGCCUCAGGGGAGAAGGCGCGGCCGCCUGAGCAACAGCAGCAGCAGCAGCAGCAACAGCAACAUACAGGAGCACGCAGGAGCAGAGAGCAGCAGCAGCAGCAGAGCGCAUCGAAAGAGAUUGCGUAAUGAACAGAUCAGCAGCAGCAGCUGCAGCAGCAGACGAAACAGCAGCAGCAGCAACUGCAGCAAAGAAGAUGAGGAUCUGCAGCUAGCCUUGGGCCUCUCCCUUUCUGAACUCGCCGCCUCCAGCCACCGCAGCAGCAACAGCAGCAGUAGCAGCAGUAGCAGCAGCAGCAGUAGCAGCAGCAGCAGCAGUAGCAGCAGCAGCAGCAGCAGUAGCAGCAAAUGUGAGGCCGAUCCAAAGAGCAGCCACUCAGAACGCCACUUCAACGUGGAAAGCAGCAGCAGCAGCAGCGGCAACAGCAACAGCAGCAACAGCAGCAACAGCAGCAGAAGCAACAAGGGCAGCAGCAGCAGCAGCAGUAGCGAGUUGCAGACACCCCAGCAGGUAACGGGCCGAUGCAGCAGACGCCGCGUUGCUGCUGCUGCUGCUGCUUCUGCCAGCAGCAGCAGCAGCAGCAGCAGCGAGAGCGACGUCAGCAGCAGCAGCAGCAGCAGCAACAGCAGCUGGGGUAGCGACGCGGAGUUCUCAGCAGGCAGGGGGCGCCGCCGCAGCAGCAGCAGCAGAAGACGCCGCUGCAGCAACGGAGCAGCAGCAACGCGAAAAGCAGCAACAAGUCGCACGAACAGCAGCAGCAGCAGCAGCAGCAAAUCGGUGCUGGCACAGCGGCGCGCUGCGCUGCGGGCUGAGCGCAAGCAGCAACGUCAGCGAGCAGCAGCAGCAGCAGCAACAGCAGCAGCAGCGUGGAAAGAAGAGAAGCUGCUGGCAGCAAGAGACUUCCUCUGGGAUGUCCUCACAGGCGUGCAGCCGCUGAUCCCGCUGCAGCAGCAGCAGCAGCAGCAGCAGCGCCAGCAGCAGCAGCAAGCAACGCAAGUGCAGCAGACACUCACGAAGCUGCAGGGCGACCUCACAACAGAAGCAGCAGAGAUGCAGCAGCAGCAAGAACAGCAGCAGCAGCAGCAGCAGCAAGUAGCACCCGUUGCAACUCAUACCGCUGCAACAGAGACCCAGUGUAGUAUUAAUAGUAAUAGUAGCAGCAGCAGCAGCUCCAGCAGCAGCAGCUCCAGCAGCAGCAGCAGCAGCAGCGGCACAUUUCAUAACUAUGUAACACUUGAGAGACUGCGAGAAGUAGCAGAAGCGGCGUCCCUUGAUCUGAACGAGAAAGACCUUAUCGACAUGAUUGCUGCUGCUGCUGCUGCUGCUGCUGCUGCUUCUGCCGCCCCUCACGAUGCUUCUGCAGCAGCUGCUGCUGCAGCAGAAGCAGCAGCAGCAGCAAAGAAACAGUAUAUCACAUUCGCGGAGUUUGCUGCUGUUUUUAAUCAUGCAGGCCUACGAAUAGAAAAGAACGGCCAUGUGUGGUAG